AUGAAAUCGACACCUUUGAUUGGUGUGGCCAGGCUCUCUCCGCCACAGUACAACCCGAACUGUGGUGAAAACAACACUAUCUGCUCCUCUGAGAGCGGAGUGGCAUCCCAUGUGGACAAUCUGCUCCUCACCAAAUCCACUUCUGCCUCCGACACACUAUUCUUCGCUUGGUCCACCAUCGGUGGGGCGCCUUCACUCGUGUUGAUCAGGACUGCGCCGGGGGCAGAAGUGACUGUGGACUGGUCUGACAUGCAGACAGGGAUUUCGGCCUAUCCACAGCUGAAAGUCACGAACGGCACGAUACUCUCCAAAAAUGGAUAUGUGUUCACUGCGGGUCAAAUAGAAAAACGCACCGGUACUAGGCUUAGGGUUAGGGCAGAAGUGACUGUGGACUGGUCUGACAUUCAGACAGGGAUUUUGGCCUAUCCACAGCUGAAAGUCACGAACGGCACGAUACUCUCCAAAAAUGGAUAUGUGUUCACUGCGAUAUGGAAGUGUGAGACGGAUGACCCUGGCGCAACUAGUGUGAAGAUUCCCGUGGAUUUGUCCGAUUGUUCCGCUGACAAACUCACUCGCAUACCCCUGGACGAGACAGUACUGUGGUACAACAACUCACACACCAUCGCUUCUAUUUCCAACAUUGGCUACAGCUUCAGCUUCCGUUCGGACGAUAGUCGAUUUGGAGAUGGAGAGCUAACCGUGCAGGUUACAAUCUAUAAGGAAUCCGGACGUUCGGAUUCCUCGACUGGCCUGGAGCCCUCGUUGCAUUCUGAGAAUUCUACCCAGUUUAUGUUGGCUUUGGAUAAUUUCCCGGACUCUGGUAAAGCGAGGUACUCUCUAGAACACCUGUACAUCAGUGCGCAGGGAGAGGAUAUCACGUUCAAAACACACAGGGGGCUCAACGACCAGUUCACGCCUGGAGUCUUCCAAUAUCAGCAAUACAAUGCACAUGCCGCUUCUGGUCAGCAGACGUUCUUCGGGUGGAAGCAGGCCGGAUACAAGAGCCCCAAAUUGGAUCUGCAGAACAUUGUGACCGUGUACUUUCAACAAGAGCCAGAAGAAAUUCCGGUGGCUAACGGCUCUGGUGCUUUUAAAAAUGUCUCUUCGUUGGCCACUGAUUUUUUCAGUGGUACACGUCUACUAGACAGGGUUUGGUCGGUGUCAUUCAACAUGACAUUUGGGUCCAGUGUAGAUGACGAUGGAUACGAUCAUUAUUUGACAUGGGAAGGCCAGAUGGGAUAUGGGACUGUUGAGUACGAUGAACUGACUGUAGUUAUAAUAUCGAUCACAGCAGUGGGUAUAUUUGUGCCGCUGGCCGUGAUUGUGCUGGGGGGAGUUCUGGUGUUUGUUCUGAAGCGAAGGCGAGAGAAGUUCUACGAUUUGCAGCAGCAUGCGCAUGCUGAUCGAACGGCUACCAACACACCGUAUACGGACAACGAGAGUGACGCGAACAGACCGAAUGGGUUUAACUAUCAGCAGAUGUAAAAUGAGGUCGCAAAUUUAUGAAUGAAAUAUCAAAAUUGCAGACGACCAGGAGUUGAUUGUUUAUAGCUACUAGAUGUAAUGUGUUUAUAGCUACUAGAUGUAAUGUAUGACCCUUAACAGUGAAAUUUCCCUUAGGGUUGAUUUCCUUUUAAUAUUUAUAAGUGAUUUCGCUGGAUAAUUUGAACACCAAUCUGAAUUUGUGCCCUCAAAGAGUAUAUGAACCCAUAAGUUUACUUAAUCUAUCUAAUUUUUAUGUCGUACAUCUUAUUGUUUUAUAAAUCUAUUCGAAAAGCUGCUCAGCUAAUGUUUCUUUCCAAUAUUUACAAAAACUCAAUUAGAUAGCGUGUGAUUUGGUGCUAUUAUCAUUCACAAGAUAUUAUUUUUUAAACUGAUUUAGCCUGUUAGAUUUAGACUGUUACUUAAUGACCAAAAUACUAGUUGACGAAUUUAAUUUUCCCACUACCCUAA